GCACCGUUCAGUUCGCAUUCGGAGGUUCUGCGGGCAAUAUAACCUCUGCGCGUGUAAAGCAAGGGCAGGAGAAAGAAAGAGAGAGAGAAAAACACACACACGUAGAAGGUCCCCAACGUUUACUUCUACGGCAGAAAGAGAGAGAGAGAGAGUGGUAGCCGCGAUCGACGGAGUCAGCGAACGAAAGUGCCAAGUUCAAGUUCGUAACGCGCCCCGCUCGACAAGUACCGCUCGCGGCGUUGACGACAACACGACGAAACGACGACGCAGCAGCAUAACGAGCAGGAUCACGAUCGAUCGUGAAGUCAAUACGCGGUAGAUCCCUGCCAGGCGGCUGCAGCACGAGCCACACGCGCGUUUCCUCGCUCGCUCGCUCGCUCGCUCACUCACUCACUCGGCCGUCUGAUUCGCGUUAGUCUUCCACUUUUCGUACACUCGCGCGGUCCGUUCUCCAUUUUGGGUUUUAUCAGCGUUCCGAUACACGCGUACGGGAUACGCGCGUACCGUUUUACGCGUGGGUGCUUCUAAUGCAAGCUACGUAUAGCGACGCGUACGGUCGGAGUGGCAGUUCUUUUGUGUUCUCCUGAGGAGAAGUUCUUCGGCAGUCCACGAGUCUCCACGUGUUGACAACGAUUUCCGACGAUUCCCAGGCACUGCCGCUAUUUUGCUGCUACUUUCUCCAGAAGCCCCGCUGUCAGGAACGAAAAAGAUACGAGUCGGGCGCGAGGAAGAAAAGAGAGAAAAAGGAAGAGAAAGAAGGAGCAGACCCCUUUCGGAUACACGGUGUGUUUUUGUGUGCGAAACCGACGACAUGUCGACCGCCGUAAUGAGCAACGCUAUGUUCGAUUGCACCGAACAUCUCUUUAAGAACGCAGCCUCGACAAAGGCGAAAGAGCCACCGUCGGCCGCGGCGACAUUGAACUCUGCCGGGGGCGGCGGCGGCAACAACGCCGGCAACGGGCACGCGCCCCUACGACGUAGCUACACCUCCCUGAUGACCUCGCUAAUAGAGCACCACCGGAAACUGGAUCGCAGCGUGAGCGAGCCGACGUCGCGCUACAAGACCGAGCUCUGCCGACCGUUCGAGGAGAGCGGCGCGUGCAAGUACGGCGACAAGUGCCAGUUCGCCCACGGCUACACCGAGCUGCGCAACCUCGCCCGCCAUCCCAAGUACAAGACCGAGCCUUGCCGCACCUACCAUUCGUCCGGUUUCUGCCCUUACGGGCCGCGAUGCCACUUCAUUCACAAUUUCGAGGAGGCGCGCAUACACAAUCAGAAAGUGAGCGCUCAGCUGGCUUCGACGCAGCCGAACAUAAUGAGCCUGAACAGUCUGAACCCGCUGUUGAGCGCGGCGGCGGCCGCUGCCGCUGCCGCCGCGGUCGGCAACAGCACCGUUGGCAGUGCCGCGAACGCCGCGGUCGCCGCCGCCGCUGCCAACAACGUCAGUGUGCGCCUGCUCGAACAGAUGAACGCGUCGCCGCAGGUGGCUGCCGCGGCGGCCGCCGCGAAUCAAAACGCCGCCGCGACGCCCAAUCUCAUGAGAGCGAACUCGCUGAGCCUCGGUAGCAGCAGCGCCGUUGCAGCCAACAACGUGGGCAGCUACAACCCGCCGCCGUUGUUGCGAACAUCGUCGCUGAGCCUUGCCACCAGCCACCAUCAUCAUCAGCAGCAUCACCACGGCGCCCAUCAUCAUCAUCAGUCGAGCAGCAACGCGAUGAUCGGCGCGAGCAAGCCGAAACCACUCAACCUCAGCCCAACCUUCUCCCUCGGCAGCACUGGCGAUUCAGUCUCGCCGUCCUCCAGCCUGAGCCAGUCCCCGACCAACUCCAUGGCCAGCUUCUUCAGCGACGAGUGCAACCAGUCGAACUGUUCGAACAUACCGACGACGCCGUUCAGCUUCGGCCAAGACUUCGGCCUGAUCCCGACUAGACAGAGCCCGAGUCCGCGCAACAGCGUCUGCAGCCCUCUUGGAUCUGAAGAAGUAGUCCCUAGAACGCCCUCCCCGUUGUCGCCCAACGCGGAAUCCAGGCUGCCGGUCUUCAACAGGAUCAGUGGCACCCUCGUAGACUUCGAGAACCUUAAGAUCUAAGAAGGAAAGGGAUUCGCUCUUGCGAGUUGGUGAGCCUCGGCCGAGAGUGCCGCGAUCCGUCAGGAAGUGGGCAGCACGGGAUUUUCUCGCGGAGGCCGAUUUCGAGAUGAAAAUGGUGUUUUUACACGAGCGACGACAGCGAAUCCCCGCGCAGCGGAUUCCUCUGUCGGCGGAACUACUAAGGUUUACUUUCAUUUUUACACACACACACACACACAUACACACACGCA